AUGUCGAGCACCGUGGCGGCCGCGACGACAACGUCGAGUGUUUCCACCGAUGGAAUCACGACCUUGGCAAUGACGACAAUCUUUACUCCACCCGCUUCAUGUUCAAGUUCAUGGACCUUUGAGCCUUCAGGCGCAAACCUCAUCCCAAAGGGCCUACUACUACAAAACGCCGCGGCGAGCGACAAUGCGGAUCCAAAUUGUUUCCCUUCGGGGUAUACCCAUUUCGGACGAGAAAUGGCCUCGAUCGCAUUUAGCCCGGGUUAUUGUCCAGAAGGAUAUACCACAGCCAACAUGGUAAUCCAUAAUCCAGUUACAACAGCCCAAUGCUGUCCCUCAACAAGCAAUUUCGACUACCUCACUAUUUCAAUGGGCGAAGACUCUACCUACGCAGGAUGCACCAGCAUGUUCCCAUCCACCAGUUCGACAAUCGUGACUGUCCGCCAAGUAUCCGACGAAAGCACCCAAGUCUCAGGCCCCAUCACAAUGUGGGCGCAACCACUCCAGAUCCAGCUAGAAGCCACCGACUCCAGUCUCUUCACAACGGCAACAUCAACGUCGGCCUCAGCCGCAAGCUCCAACACCGCAACAGCAUCCUCGACCUCGACAUCAGACACCUCCUCGACCGCCUCAUCAUCCUCGGGCUCAGGCUUUAGCUCAAGCUCAAACUCAAGCUCUGGCCUAUCCAAAGGCGCAAGCAUUGGAAUUGGCGUCGGCGUCGGCGUAGGAGGUGCGCUCAUCCUCGCCGCAUUGGCAUUCUGGUUCUUGCGCCGUCGCAAGACACAAAAGGAGGUACCGAGUAACACACACCCCUCAUAUCAGCGAUCUGCGCACGCCGAGGCUAGUGAGCUUGGUGGAAGUUCGCAGCAGACUGCGCCUGUGAGCGGUAUCACACCCUCGACAAAUCCUUCAGAGUUGGCGGCUGACCAGGCCCCGAGGCCUGUACAUGAGCUUUCUGGUUGA